UCUUGUUCAUCAAACGCUUAAAACAUUCACAAUCACUACUACAGGAGUUCAGAAGAUCAAAGAGAAAAGAAAUCAUGAGUUCAUCAAGUGCGAGCAAGGCUAUAGUGGCAGCAAGUGUUGGAGUUGUAGAGGCACUCAAGGACCAAGGGAUUUGCAGAUGGAACUCUGCUUUGAGAUAUGCAGGCCAGCAAGCCAAGAGCCAAGUGAGAUCAUUUUCUCAGGCCAACAACAAACUCUCUUCUCCUUCUGCUUCAGCUCUGAAUAAAGUGAGAGAUGAGAAGCUCAAGAAAUCAGAGGAGUCUUUGAGGACGGUCAUGUUUUUGAGCUGCUGGGGUCCCAACAACUAAUUGAAUGAUUCAUUCACAAAAACAAGAGCAAAGAUUAGGGUUGUAAAUUACGGCAACUAAUGAUGUUUGCUUGGGCCUAAUUGAUGUAAAUUUUGUUUCGUUGUAACAAUUACCAUAUAGAACAGAAAUUGUUGCUGAGAA